AAUAGAAAACUAUAUUAUUUGAGUCACGAGAAUGGGGAAGAGAUUGGCAAUUGUAGGAAUAGUAUUUCUCCUAGUUUGGAUGACGGCGGCGGCGGCAGAGACAGACAGUUAUUGCGAUAACAAGUGCGGGGAGAGGUGCUCGAAGGCGGGGCGGAUGGAUCGGUGCCUCAAAUAUUGCGGCAUUUGCUGCAAAAAGUGCCACUGUGUGCCCCCGGGAACUUCUGGGAAUAAAGAUGAGUGUCCGUGUUACAGAGACAUGAAAAAUUCUAAGGGUGAUCCCAAAUGCCCUUAAUAAGUUAGAAAAUAUUCUGUUGUAAUUUUCGCGGUGUAAAAUUUACGAAAAAUUAUAAUUCAUGCGACAAUAUUGAAUACUUGUUGUUCGACAUGCCUUAUAUAGA